GGUCCAAUUUCCUUGGACGCCACCUGACCUCUUUAUCUAUCGUGUAGGCCUACGGUUAGACUGGAAAAAGGGGGCGUUAUGUAGAGUUAGGUCAGGUUAAUGUGUGGAACUGAGGCCACAAGUUUUUAACAUGUUUGUCUUGGACGGACCGCGCCGCGGACAGGCAAUAUCAGCUGCACGAACGGAUUACACGUGAAUUUGGAUUACGCAUGACCGAUCUACUGUAUACAUUUACCGAUUUUCUGUUUGAGAGGAUCAUAGGCUACUUAAUUGCGAACUGUCUGAUUUAGGCCCUACUUAAAGUAGCCUAACAUAACUUUAUGCAGACGUCCAGAUAGUAAACAGCAGUUGCUCUUGCCAGACACUGUAAUCGCUGUAUAGCACCUCAGUGUGACUCCUCGACGGUUGUUCGCAAGUUUGUGUUUGCAAACUGGACCAACCGGUCUAAGGAAUUUUGACUAGGCGUGUCAUUGGUGGGCACUGUACCUCGCAACCCAUUAGAAAAAAUGAAUUCCGUCACACUUAGGUUCCAGCCAACUCUGGCCUGCGCGUGGAGAGUGAAAACAACCUCGAGCUCGCGUAGGAUUCCAGCCUUGCAACUGCUCUGCUACGGCGUCUCAAGCACCGACCUUCAGUCGCCUGUCAAAACAAACAUAAGAUAUUAUUGCUCAAGGAUGAACCAGGGGCAAGGGUUGUUGUUCAGACAGUUGUUCGAGUCCGUCAGUAGUACAUACACGUACCUGCUGGCAGAUACAGAAACCAAGGAAGCCGUGCUGAUUGACCCCGUGCUGGAGACCGUGGACAGGGACCUCAAGCUGAUAGAUGAAUUGGGCCUUUCACUGAAAAUAGCAGUGAACACCCACUGCCAUGCAGACCACAUCACAGGGACCGGUCUCCUGAAGAGAAAGCUGUUUGGAGUGAAGAGCGCCAUUUCCAAACACAGCGGCGCCACUGCGGACAUCCUGCUCUCUGAGGGCGACAGCAUUAACUUUGGCAAACAUUGUCUGAAUGUGAGAGAGACCCCCGGGCACACGGAUGGCUGUAUGACUUUGGUGACCGGUGACCAGACUAUGGCCUUCACCGGAGACACUUUGCUUAUCAGAGGCUGUGGAAGGACGGACUUCCAGCAAGGGUGCUCAAAGAGGUUGUAUAAGUCUGUCCAUGAGAAGAUUUUCACCCUUCCUGCCCACUGUCUGAUCUAUCCUGCUCAUGAUUACAAAGGUCAGACUGUGUCAACAGUGGACGAGGAGAAAAAGUUCAACCCACGCCUGACCAAAACCCUGGAGGAGUUUGUGGUUAUCAUGAAGAACCUCAACCUUUCCAGGCCUAAUAAAAUAGAUAUCGCAGUGCCUGCAAACCUGGUUUGUGGUCUACAUGAUGUAUGAAUACAUUCAAAUGACAGAAAAGGGGAAUACCAACUACUAUAACAAUAGCAGGGCAUUCAGUUAAACUUGAAUAAUUUUCAUACAAGUCAACAAGAAAUAUACAUUUAUAUACAUAUCCAAACCAAGCAAAAUCAUUGUAUUUACUUGAGAUUUCAGACAUCUGUAAACAGGAGAAAACUGUCAAAACCAAGUUUAUGUACAAUGAAAACAUUUAAAAUGUAGGGUGUCUUAUUAAUGUGUAAUUAAAACAUGUAUGAUUUUUUAA